GCUGUGUUGUAGAGCAGGAAGGAGAGAAGAAAGCAGCCACAGCAGCAGCAGCUGUUUGAUGGACGCGCGAGAAGAAGAGAGCCGUUCAGCGCGUGUUUACCGAGCAGUGUGCGCGCGUGUCUGGAGCCCGCAGAGCGUGUUUGUGGAGGGCGAAGAAGCGGAGAACGGCCUCGGAUUAAUCAGCGGAGACUCCCUGUCCGUCCUCACCGGCCAUCCGUUACACUCAGCAGGGCUGCGUGUGAGCGCGUGAGAGAGGGAGACAGAGGGAGAGAAAGGGAGUGUGUGAAGGGCCGUGCAUGCUGAUAUCGUGUGUGUGAGUGUGUGAGUGUGUGUGUGAGGAUGGGCUGCACGCUGAGCACGGAGGAUAAAGCGGCGGUGGAGCGCAGCAAGAUGAUCGACCGCAACCUGCGGGACGAUGGAGAAAAAGCAGCGCGCGAGGUGAAGCUACUGCUACUGGGUGCUGGCGAGUCUGGGAAGAGCACGAUAGUGAAGCAGAUGAAAAUCAUCCAUGAGGCAGGUUACUCGGAGGAGGAGUGUAAGCAGUAUAAGGCCGUGGUCUACAGCAACACCAUCCAGUCUAUCAUCGCCAUCAUCCGUGCCAUGGGCCGCCUCAAGAUCGACUUUGGAGACCCAGCGAGAGCGGAUGAUGCGCGGCAGCUGUUUGUUCUAGCCGGCAGUGCGGAGGAAGGCUUUAUGACCGCUGAACUGGCUGGAGUGAUAAAGCGCCUGUGGAAGGACGGAGGAGUGCAGGCCUGCUUCAGCCGCUCCAGAGAGUACCAGCUCAAUGACUCCGCUGCAUAUUACCUGAAUGAUUUGGACAGGAUAUCCCAGGCUACUUAUAUCCCCACCCAGCAGGAUGUGCUGAGGACACGUGUUAAAACCACCGGCAUCGUGGAGACUCACUUCACCUUUAAGGACCUGCACUUCAAGAUGUUCGAUGUUGGAGGUCAAAGAUCAGAGAGGAAGAAGUGGAUCCACUGUUUUGAGGGUGUGACAGCCAUCAUCUUCUGCGUGGCUCUGAGUGACUAUGACCUGGUGCUGGCUGAAGAUGAGGAGAUGAACCGGAUGCAUGAGAGUAUGAAACUGUUUGACAGCAUCUGCAACAACAAGUGGUUCACAGACACCUCCAUCAUUCUGUUUCUGAACAAGAAGGAUCUGUUUGAGGAGAAAAUUAAGAAGAGUCCGCUCACCAUCUGCUACCCAGAAUACGCUGGCUCCAAUACAUAUGAAGAGGCGGCUGCGUAUAUCCAGUGUCAGUUUGAGGACCUGAACAAGCGUAAAGACACGAAAGAGAUUUACACACACUUCACCUGCGCCACCGACACCAAAAACGUACAGUUCGUCUUCGAUGCUGUCACUGAUGUCAUCAUCAAAAACAACCUGAAAGACUGCGGACUCUUCUAGACACUCUUUGGAGUCUGGUGCAGAAUUUGUCCAUUUUGAUGUGUAUUAACGUUGGACUACGGUUCUGAACUUGUGUUUGGAGAGCAAUUCUCCUGGACCAGUGCUGUACAUUGGGUCUCGUUUGUCCACUUUAUUUAUGCUUCUGUCUCGGGACAUUUUAAACAGUAGCACCUUUAAAAAAAAAGAAAAAAAAAGAAAAUCAUCAGAUGUUUGUACAACUGUUGCUGUCGCAGCCAUGUUAUGUUUUUCACCACAAUUUUUUUUUUUUUUUGGACCAAAGGACCUGCAUUUAAUCCUACUUUCCUUUUUUGAACAAGGUUCACUUUUGCUGGAAAUGUUUUUGUCCCCUGUCCUGGUGGAUAUUAAGAAAGGAGAGGAGGGUGUUUUUAAUCUGUGCAGUUUGUUGGGUUUUGUGCCUUGGCAUGUGUUUCUGCAGUGUUUGUCUCAUGCUUGAAUUUUUGCUUGCUGAAUAUCUACCAAUGUCCCACAUGUAAAAAAUCCCACUGCGUACUACAACGCAAAUCCUUCUCUACAUAAAAGUGUGUAUGAGCAUAUAUAAGUGUGAAUGACUGUAUAUGAGUGUAUAAGAGCGUGUAUGAGUACACGACUAGUUAAAAGUUUGAACACACCUAUGUAUGAUUGUAUGAUUUUCAGUUUUUCUAAAGACAUUUUAAUCUACAGGCUUAUGCUUAAAAGUCUUUAAGUCAUUAAGAUAAAUAUUCAAAUUGAUUUCUAUGUAUGAUUUUUUAAAAUCAUUUUAAACAAUAUUUUUAUAGUUUUCGUUCAUUACUCAGGUGACAUUUAGAGUUGGAAAAUAGAGUUGGAGCCACAAUGAUUAUAUCAUCCUAAUUACUGUGUGUUUCCUGUUAAAAGUUAAUGAGUGGAAAGUUUGUUCUCAUCAACGCAUUUCAGCCAAUCAUUGGUAUCGUAACGACAAAGGGUGGGGUCUACAUAACCCUGUUUGUUAGAUGGACAAUAUUUCUGCCUGAACUUGUUCAAUAGGAACUAUUUCAUAACUAUUUCUCAUUUUUAUGUCUUCAAUAUUUUUCUAAAAUGCAAAAAAUAAUUAAAAAGAAAGAGAAACCAGUUUUAUGAGUAGGUAUAUCCAAACUUUUGACUGGUGGUGUGUAUAUGAGUGUGUAUGAGUGUGUGUAUGUCUAUCAGAUAGGGCUGGCCUAUAAUUUGACUACUCAAGUACUCAUUUGUCAUUGUUGGUAUUCGGUUCUUUAUUUGGUAUCUGGAAGCUUCUUCUUUUUUUUAAAAAAAAAUAGAAGUUAUUUUUAUUAUAUGAAAAAUAUAUUAAUUACAGCCUGUUUAAGUUGAAUGCAUUAUAAAUAUAUGUCAGUUAUCCACAUCACUUUGCCUCAGCACAACAAACUGCACCACCUUCCACAUAGCUGCUGAAGCUAUAAGAGCAAAGAUGCCUCAGAAAUCGCACCUGUGGGAUAAGAAUAAUUAUAUAAGAAAAAUGCUCAGUGCUAGAUUUGUGAUAAGAGGCUGGUGCACCAGGGAGGCAAAGCAAGUUAGCGAUACUUAUCCAAGUACUGUGCUGACACCACAGCUGAGUUUAGUACUAUCAAAUUUCAUAUGAUUGCAAGAGCCGCAUCCAGGGUGGUUCUCCUCACAUUCAGACCAGCUUGUAGCUCCGAAGUGCCCUCAGUCCUCCGCUCCGCUCUCUGAAGCUCAGCUAUGACUGAGCUAAACUAGGCCUGUGUAUUGCCUUUAUAGCUGCUUUCCAUGACAAAGAACGGCAAACUAUCCACUUGAUAGGAUAUGAUAAUAGUAAUAAUGAACUAAAACAAAACUAAAACCAUGAUGGUAAUAAAUGAAAUGAUUAUUCUAAUUUAUUACACCCUUAGCAUCUAGAUACGUGACUCAUAAACGCCAGAGUCAUUGAAGCUGUCUUUGAACGAGAGGGCUACAAUCGUAGAUUCUAUCCUAGGAACAUACAGCAGACUAUUAAAACAUCAUUGACAUCUACUGAAUAUAUUCUGAACAGCAGUAAUGAAGAUAUUCUAAAUUAUGUUUAAUAGUGAAACGUAAAUGUUAUUGUUUUUAAGGGGGAUUUUGAGUUUUGGAAUACUCGAUCAGAAAUACCUACGAGUAUUUGAAGCCUGUAAAAUGCUGUUUGGACCGGCCCUUAUAUAAGAGCUUUAGGAGAGGGUGUAUGACUGUACGAGAGUGUGUAUGACUGUAUGUGAGUGUGUAGACUUAUCUGUGAGUGUAUGACUGCAUGUGUGUGUAUUACUGUGUGUAUGAGUGCAAAUGACUGUAUGUGUGUCUAUAUGACUGAAUGUGUGUAUGAAAUUGUGUAUGACUGUAGUUGAAUGUAUAUGUGUGUAUGACUAUGCAAGUGUGCAUGACUGUGUGUAAGUCAAUACGACUGUGUGUGAGUGUAUAAAAGUGUAUAACUAAAUGUGUUUGUAUGUGAGUGUGUUUGACUGUGAGUGUGUAUGACUGUGCGAGUGUGUUUGUGUGUUUGACUGUGUGUAUAACUGUGAGUACAAAUGGCUGUAUAUGUGUGUAUGACUAUGUAAGUGUAUAUAAUUGAGUGUUUGACUGUAUGUGAGUGUGUAUGACUGUAUGUGUGUAUAACUGUGAGUGUAUAUGACUGUGUGUUUGAUUGUAUGUGCAUGUAUAACUGUAUGUGAGUGUGUAUGACUGUAAGUGUAUAUGAUGGUGCAAAGAAAAGACUGGAUAGAGUGGAUUUGUGUGUGUGUGUAUGUGAAAAUAUAUGAAGUGUAUAUUCUUGUGUGUGUGUCUCAUGUUGGAAACUGAGAGAUGGUCCCAAGCUCCAUGUCUCCAUGGCAACAAAACGAGAAAAAGGAGAGCCCAUGGUGCUUCAGAAGGAGUGUGUUACUGACAGACGCUGAGAGAUUUGAGGAGUGUGUGUGUGUGUGUGUGUGUGUGUGUGUGUGUGUGUGUGUGUGUAUGUGUGCGUCUGUGUGCGUAUGUGCACAUCUCCAUCCCAGUGGCCACAGCUAGCCGCCAUCUCACACACUCACGCACAUGCAUACAGAUACUGCUAAAGGACCUGCAAAGGCUUUCAAGUGAAGAUGAUGAUAAUGUUGAGGAUUAUAACUGCCACCACUGUCUGUGUGUUCACUCUGUGUGAAAACAUUUGGAAACAUUUGUACACUCAUGUCCCUUAUUUUGCUAAUAAAAAGCAUUUGCAACCA